UACUUCACCAAACUCGAUCUUACGGCAGGUUAUCAUCAGGUUCGUAUGCAUUCUCCAGACAUCGCCAAGACUGCAUUUAGAACACAUAAUGGGCAUUACGAGUAUUUGGUAAUGCCCUUUGGACUGUGCAACGCGCCCUCAACGUUUCAGGCACUUAUGAACUCAAUCUUUAGACCAUUGCUGCGUAAAUCAGUGUUAGUAUUCUUCGAUGACAUCCUCAUCUACAGCCCCGAUUGGGAGACACACUUGAGGCAUGUGCGGGAAGUGUUCCAAAUCCUGCAACAUAACCAGUUGUCUGUCAAAUUCAAGAAAUGUGCCUUUGGUAAACAGGAGCUGGAGUAUUUGGGUCACAUCAUCACCAACAAAGGCGUUAAGGUGGAUCAAUCAAAGAUCAAGGCUAUGUUGGAUUGGCCAGCUCCAACUAACAUCACUGAGCUACGGGGUUUCUUGGGAUUGACGGGUUACUACCGUAAAUUCGUCAAAGAUUAUGGCCUCAUAGCAAGACCUUUAACGAACCGCCUGCGUAGGGGGAAAUUCACCUGGGACAAGGAAGCAGAACAAGCAUUCGCUGCACUCAAGCACGCCAUGACCACAACUCCAACUUUAGCCCUUCCAGAUUUCUCUCAACCAUUCGUGAUUCAAACUGAUGCGUCUGGAGAAGGCAUUGGCGCAAUUCUCUCCCAGAAUGAUAAACCAAUAGCGUUUAUGAGCCGCACGCUGGGGGUGGCAAAGAGGAAUUGGUCCACAUAUGCUCGUGAGAUGCUGGCUAUCAUCGUGGCCAUACGAACAUGGCGACCAUAUCUCCUCGGUCGCAGAUUCAUCAUCCAGACCGACCAGCGCAGCCUCCGGUACCUGCUCGAACAACGAAUACUCACUCCAGAGCAACAGAAGUGGAUGGGAAAAUUAGUUGGGUAUGAUUAUGAGAUCCUAUACCGGCCGGGGAAAGCUAAUGCUGCUGCCGAUGCAUUAUCACGCGUCCCUGAUAGCCCUGUGCUCAACUCUAUCUCCACACAACAUGCAACAAUCUGGGAUGAAUUGAGAAAAAUGGCAGAAACUGAUCCAUAUUUGGUACGGGCAGGAGAGGCAGCUAGGGCUGCACCAGGGAAACCUUACGCAUGGCGGGAUGGUUUAGUAUGCUACAACAACCGUGUGGUAAUACCUCCUAACUCUAGGUUCAUUACACAGCUUCUCCGGGAACAUCAUGACACCCCGUUGGGUGGUCAUUCUGGAAUACUACGCACAAUGAAGAGAUUAUCUCGCCAGUUUUAUUGGCCGGCUAUGCACAAGACUGUCACAGAAUAUGUGUCCAGAUGUGACACUUGUCAACGAGCGAAGGCUCAAACAAUGUCGCCAGCUGGAUUGCUACAACCAUUGCCCAUACCAAAUCAGGUUUGGGAGGAUGUGUCGAUGGACUUCGUGGAUGGGCUGCCUCGAUCCAACAAUCAUACUACAAUUCUCGUGGUGGUUGACAGGUUGAGUAAGUCGGCACAUCUCAUUCCUCUAACCCAUCCUUAUACCGCAUCCCUGGUGGCUAAGCGGUUUGUGGAUUGUGUUGUUCGCCUUCAUGGGAUUCCCAGGUCCAUUCUUAGUGACCGUGACCCCAUCUUUCUGAGCCAUUUCUGGAAAGAUCUAUGGAAACUUUCAGGAACUACACUGAGGAUGUCUUCAGCAUACCACCCACAAACCGACGGGCAAACGGAGGUCAUUAACCGGUGUAUCGAACAAUUCCUCCGCUCCUUUGUCCAGCACCGACCCACACAAUGGAGUGAUUUACUGCCCUGGGCAGAAUACUGGUACAAUACCACGUACCACGCAUCGACCGGGAUGAUACCUUUUGAAGCAUUAUACGGCCGCCCACCACCUCCAAUUCCCAGGUAUGAAUUUGGGUCCUCCUUGGUAGAAGAAAUCGAUGUUCAGUUACAGGAGCGUGAUCAAGUGUUGGGAGAACUAAAAAGACACCUCAUGACUUCCAACAACCGUAUGAAACAACUGGCAGAUCGUAAGCGCAGGGACGAGGAAUUUGAAGUAGGUGACUGGGUGUUCCUCCGCUUGCAACCAUACCGCCAAAAAUCAGUCUUCAAACGUUCUUCACGGAAGCUAACCAACCGGUAUUUUGGACCUUUUCGGGUUGAGGAACGCAUUGGCCAGGUAGCAUACCGACUCAAGCUUCCCGAGGGUUCACGCAUUCACCCGGUUUUCCACGUCUCCUUGCUAAAGAAACGAGUUGGGGAUGCUGCACCACUGACAGUAGAGUUACCACCACUACGCGAGAACGGGUUAUUACUGCUACGACCGGAAGAGGUCCUCAGCACUCGGCCAGUCCAGCGAGGGUCCCGACAAGUAAUUGAGGUGUUAAUUAAGUGGGAGAACUUACCUAUGGAAGAAGCUACAUGGGAGGAGUACGACCAGCUCAGGGCCAGCUUCCCUCAGUUUCCUGUGAACCUUGAGGACAAGGUUCUGUUGGAGAAGGGGAGUAUUGAUGUGGAGCAACAGCCAGCGGUGUAUGAGAGUGAUGAGGUGGCAGUAAGACGGUCCACAAGGCCACGCAAGCAGAAUAAAAAAUACCUUAUUUAAAUAAGUUUCAGUAUUAUUUGUGUUUCAGUUGUAAAUAAGAGAACAAGUCUUCCUGAUUUUCAGGGAGAACGUUCUCCACUUUCCCUUUCCCUGCAUUUUUGGAGUCCAUGACUCCACCUUUCCGUUCUUUUGUUCAGGUACUUGGCUAUUUAUAUCAAUGAAAAACAUCAAAAAUAGGUAGUCUAAACUACCAAAAACACCUGUCUUAUGCUAGUACGAGCAUAUCUC